AAUCUCUUAGCUCAAUCAACAGAACCUGCUCCCGAAGAUUCAAGAAGCAGUCGAGUGAUUAACCAUAAAAAAAAAAGCAGCCGAGAAGGAAGGCUUGCCGCCGACGGGAGAGGGAGGAGCGACCUCGCGAAGCCGGUGGACAGAGGCGGAGGGAGACGGCGUUCGCGCGGCGGCGGUUGGAGGCGGCAGGCGGCGCGGCGCGGCGGGUGGUGGAGGCUGUUGCAUGCAGGUCGCGACGGUUGGAGGCGGAGCCGUGGAGGAAGUUAUGGUGGCGGUGGAAGGAGGGGGAGCAAAGGAGGCAGGGGAGGGCGGCGGCUGGUGCUGGUGGUGGUGGUGUCUGUGGAGGUGAGGGGUGGAAGAAUAGAAGGUUGAUGGGAGAAGAAGAGAUCUAGG